GUGACUUCCGGUGAGGUCACGUGUGUAAAGACGUCACGUCAGAACACAGUCUGGACUCUGCGGCGGCCGAUCCGGAUCCUGAGAGACAUGUCUCUGUGGAGCCUGAGAGCGGCGCUGACGUCUCUGUUUCAAGCCUCCCAGCAUGCAUCUGUCUGGACAGGUCCCGCCCUCUCCAGGACCAUGGCCACCCUCAACCAGAUGCACCGCCAGGGGAAACCCAAACCGCCCCCUAAGUCCGUCGGCGCCACGUUCGGCCGCCCCCAGCUGAAGGCGGUGGUCCUGAAGACCAUGAUCCGCAAGCCCAAGAAGCCCAACUCCGCCAACAGGAAGUGUGCUCGCGUGCGUCUCUCCAACGGGAAGGAGGCGGUGGUGUUCAUCCCCGGGGAGGGACACAACCUGCAGGAGCACAACGUGGUGCUGGUGGAGGGGGGGCGCACGCAGGAUCUGCCAGGAGUCAAACUCAAAGUGGUCCGGGGCAAAUACGACUGCGCCCACGUGGUGAAGAAGAAACAGUAGAGAGAGGAUUAAUAAAGAUUGUUCAUGAAUGAAUACGCGAGGGGCGGAGACCGGAUCCACUGCAGGGACGGAAGCAGGUAGAGAGGCAGGGGACCAGGUCUGGGACCAGCCUGGUUCAGGUCUGGUUCAGGUCUGGUUCAGGUCUGGUUCAGGUCUGGUUCAGGUCUGGGUCAGUCUGGGUCAGUCUGGUUCAGGUCUGGUUCAGGUCUGGUUUAGGUCUGGUUCAGGUCUGGUUUAGGUCUGGUUCAGGUCUGGGUCAGUCUGGGUCAGUCUGGUUCAGGUCUGGGUCAGGUCUGGGUCAGUCUGGUUCAGGUCUGGUUCAGGUCUGGUUUAGGUCUGGUUUAGGUCUGGUUCAGGUCUGGUUCAGGUCUGGUUUAGGUCUGGUUCAGGUCUGGUUUAGGUCUGGUUCAGGUCUGGUUUAGGUCUGGGACCAGUCUGGUUCAGUCCGGUUCUUCCAAACCAAACUGUAAUAUCAGUUCUUGAUGGAGUUGCUUGUGGUGGUAUCGUGGAUCAGGAGGAUCAUCAGACCCAACGUGAACCGUUACUGUCAGAUGUACUUUUUAUUGUUCAUUAAUAAAAUCAAACUUGUCUUUAA